UGCUGUGCAACGACAUGCAGAAGGCUAAUCUGAAGAAGUCGCUGGAUCGACGGAUCACAAUGCAUGAGCUGCAAUAUGCCUGCCGUACACGGGAUUUGAAAUCGUCCGUAUCGGUAGAUUUGCCACAUCUAAAACAACAAACACAAGACGACGAGGAUGAGGAUGAGGAUGAGGAGUUCACGAAGACUGACAAGACAGUUCGAGUACGAUUUACUUCUAGUCACGGAGAACGUGGAGGCCAGGAAAUUGAUAGUAACGGCGAAAGCGAGGAAGUCAUGAGAUCAAUGAAUGAAGAACAGAACGAGGUGCAAGUGGAAGAGACAGCUGACGCUUUGGCUCUCGCUGAUGACGGAGUUGGGUCAGUGACGAUUGCUGUUCCAUCAAGCUCAAAACCAGCAAAGAGAGUGAAGGUUCUUAAGCGAAUGCAAAGCAAGUUAAAGAUAAAGGAUCAUGACAUUGAUGACAUAACCAGAGCUUUGAGAGAUGCCUUUGACUUGAGAUGGGAUUAUGUGCAGAAUGUUGAAGAGCAUGAAAUCACAGAAACAGACACAGCUCGUCCUGAAGUUGCAUUGGACGACAACAACUUCUGGUUUAGAUGGAAUAAUGGUGUGAUGGAAGUGGGAAGAGUUGGUGAUGAUGAGAAUGUUUGCCCUGUGCCAUCAGCUAAAGAGUUUUAUAGUGAUCUGUCGUCGUUGCAUUUGAUUACAUCUCAUGGUCCUGUCAGGAGCUAUUGUUGGAAAAGGCUUGGCUUGCUGGAAGCAAAAUACAGGUUGUAUAAGCUUGAAAAAGAGCACGAGGAAGCAUUUUCUUUGCGUCAUACAUUUGCUAAAGACUUCGAUAACGUGGUCAAAGUAGACACUCAUAUUCAUCACAGUGCAUGCAUGAGUGCAAAGCUUUUGUUGGACUUCAUGAAACACAAACUGCAGCACAACAGUUCUGAGGUUGUCUGUGACGACUCUGAUGGAAGUCCCAUCACAUUAGGAAAACUUUUCUCUGACUCUGACUUAACAGCAGACAACUUAAGUCUGGAUGCGUUAGACAUGAAGAUCUUUGCAGAAGACGCUUAUCAUCGAUUUGACCGAUUCAAUGCAAAAUAUAAUCCUGCGGGACAAUCACGUUUGAGGGAAGUUUUUCUCAAGACAUCAAAUAAACUUAAAGGAAGAUACCUCGCUGAGCUUACACAGGAAGUGUUUAGACGUCUACAGGGUAGUGUUGAUGAGAAGGUAGAGCUACGCCUCUCCAUAUAUGGCAGGAAAAGCAGUGAAUGGGAUGAGCUAAGCAACUGGAUUGUUAGCAACCAGUUAUAUUCAGAUCGAAAUGUGUGGAUGAUUCAGGUGCCACGCAUAUACACAGUUUUCAGACAAAUGGGCUCUAUCUCAUCAUUUCAAGACUUGCUGGACAACAUUUUUAAACCUUUAUUUGAGUGCACAAGAGAUCCAGCUUUACAUCCACAACUGCAUGAAUUUCUGCAAAAUGUGUCUGGAUUUGAUAGUGUGGAUGAUGAAAGCAUUCCAGAACACCACUGUGACGCAAAGAGACCACCCAAGGACUGGACAGAUACUCGAGUGAAUCCUCCAUAUAGCUACUACUGCUACUACAUGCGAGCAAACAUAAGUGCAUUGAAUCAGUUUAGAGCCAUGAAGGGCUUGAACACGUUCUCAUUCAGACCUCAUUGUGGAGAAGCAGGAGACACACAACAUCUUGAGGUUGCAUUUCUGCUGGCAGACUCAAUUGCACACGGAUUGAAACUUUGGCAGACACCUGCCAUACAGUAUUUGUUCUAUUUGGGUCAAAUUGGAAUUCACAUGAGCCCAAUCAGCAAUAAUGCUUUGUUUCUUGGUUAUGAUAAGAAUCCUUUUCCUCGUUUCUUUGCUCGUGGGUUGAACGUGUCAUUGUCGACAGAUGAUCCUUGUCAAUUUCACUGUACUGAAAAUCCACUGAUUGAAGAGUACAGCGUUGCAGCUAAGGUUUGGCGUCUUUCCAAUACAGACCAGUGUGAAAUAGCGUUGAACAGUGUCAAGCAGUGUGGAUUUUCUAUAAAUCAAAAAGUGCAGUGGAUUGGUGAAGGUUUUCUUACUAACCAAGUCAGAGAGGGUGACAUGCUCUUGCACAAUGUGCCGACAAUUCGUUUACAGUUCAGACAGCAGCAACGAUUUGAAGAGCUGGUGACAAUACUGGGAGAUGAUCGAGCAGAAAGAAUUGCGGGGCAAAUAACAGAGCACAUGCAGGAUUUUUAUACAAAGUUGUGUUUCAAAGAUCUCCGCAUGAAGUCUUUGCCAGCAACGAAUCAUGCUCUGCCAAACCAUUUUCCAUCAUCAUUCUCCCUAGCAGAAGAGAAUCAAUUUGAUGAAGACAAGGGCAUGAAAUUGUCGUGGUUUAGUACUCUUACAUUAUUGGUUGGUGGCUUGUUGAUUGGAUGUGUGGCUUACAAGGUAGGCUACAGUCAUGGUGUAACUUCUGCAAACUUCUGAAGGAAAUUGUUAUGCCAUUUGAUAAAAAUUUUUUGACUACUUUGUCAAUGAAAUGACUUUAAUAUGUUUUAGAGAAUGUGAUUGUGGAUUUG